AGUAGUUGAUAAAUCAGUAAUGGCCGCCCGUCGUCGCAGUAUACGUUCUCUACCCACAAAUCUGUUCUGAAAUCUCCCUCAAAGUAGUGAAUCCACGUGACAAAAAAAACUCUGAAUCCUUUCCAUUCCAAAAUGCUAAACGAUCUCUCUCGGACGUGAGAGUGCUCCUUAGAAUUAAAUUCCCCCUGACCUCCGCGAGUGUCAACAGUGCAAGCCAUGGCACCAGUGCCUCUGGAGGGUCACCAGACCCCGGUAUCCAACAACAUACCCCAGGAAGGUAAUCGUGGAGGUUCUAUUUCCCUGGGGAUGCUUAUCGACUUCAUAAUCCAACGUACCUACCACGAGCUGACAGUCCUGGCCGAACUUCUCCCCCGAAAAACUGACAUGGAGCGUAAAAUCGAGAUCUGGAACUAUUCAGCUCGGACUCGUCAGCUCUUCGUGCGUUUAUUAGCGCUCGUUAAAUGGGCCAACAGUGCUUCCAAGGUCGACAAAUCAGCACACAUAAUGAACUUCCUGGAUAAACAAUCACUGCUGUUUGUGGACACAGCUGACAUGUUGGCACGAAUGGCCAGGGAAACACUAGUCCACGCACGUCUUCCAAAUUUUCACAUUCCAGCAGCUGUCGAGGUGCUGACAACCGGCACCUAUGGGCGCCUUCCUGCGUGUAUCAGGGAAAGGAUAGUUCCCCCAGAUCCUAUAACACCAGUGGAAAAACGAACGACCCUCCAGAGACUCAACCAAGUCAUUCAGCAUCGACUUGUAACUGGAAAUCUACUCCCUCAGAUGAGAAAUUUGAAGAUCGAAGCUGGGAGGGUGACCUUUUUGGUCGAGCAAGAAUUCUCGGUCUCCCUUACAGUUAUGGGAGAUGGACCCAAUGUACCCUGGAGGCUCCUUGAUCUGGAGAUUCUGGUAUCGGACAGGGAGACUGGCGAUGGCAAAGCCCUUGUCCAUCCCCUGCAGACUAGAUACGUUCAUCAGGUGGUGCAGGCCAGGCUCGCUGAGAGCUCAAACUCAUUAUCCGAAGUUUACUAUAUUCUCCAUUACUUCUGUCAGUCCCUCCAGCUGGAGGUGCUGUACUCCCAGACAUUGAGACUCAUAAGAGAUAGACUGGAUGAUCAUAUUCACGUGGAUGAAUACGUUCCUGGAAAAGGAUUGGCCAUUUCAUACUGGAGGGAACUAACUACCAAGGACCCGAGGUCAGAGCUGGGGUACAAGCUUUCGGUGCAGGUAGACCAGAGUGAUCCCGCUAGGCCACUAGCCGUUGUUCACGUUCCAUCUCUGGGAUCCAAAGAGGAGGAAAUUGCUGACAGGGCGAUCAGAUCGGAGCAACUCUCCAUGGAGUGCCUCCUGGUGCACACUAUAUACAUUAGAACGAGAAAUAGGCUCAAUGAGCUUAAGCAAGAGAUCCAGGGGAUGCUCAAAGACGUGGAAUGCACGUUGAAUGGAUCUCCAGCAAUUCUCGCUGUGCCCGUACUUCAACCCUGUCUUAGAGCCGAGCUACUCCUGGUCACAGUGGACACUCACACUGGAAUGCUGCAAUGUCAUGUGCCCCAGUACGAAGCACCUCUUGUGCCCGAACUAACUGCGGCUCUCAAUAACGACCACUCACGGUUGCCUGGACUUAUCUCCGAGUUGAGAUUUUGGAUUACUCAAAGGAGGUGCGAGAAAACUCUUCAGCAUCUACCUGCUACCCCUCAUGAGAAACUACCGAUACUACAUAAUCCAGAAUUUACUAUGAAUAAUAUUAGUAAGCACAGGAUGUUUGUGAGACUUCACAGGCACCCUACGGUUAUUUUGAUCGUUGCAUUUAAAGAGAAAGAGUCAUCGCCCUGUGAAAUUGAGUGUUCCUUUUACAUGGCAAGUGUGAAGCCAAGUUCAGCGGGGAAUAAUUCACAGGAUGAGAAUAUAGAGUCAGAAAUUCCCAAGAUGUACCUCAAGCUUCAGAGCUUGAUUGAAUUUGACACGUUCGUCAUCACUCAUGGACCAUUCACUAGCGUAGACAGUGGAAUUAAUGAACAAGAUGGGGGGUGCAUUACAGACGUUACCGACAAGGGGAAUAAGCGCCGUAGCACUGGGCCCAGUGGACGCCAGGAUUCCUCAGGAACCCCCCAGAAUAGACGUCCCAAACAUCCAGCAUAUUUCAUACCGGAGUUAGCUCACGUCGUUGCACUGUGUGAUGAGAGAAUUCCAUUUAUUACUCUAGCUCUAGAGCUGACAAAACGAGAUAUCGCUCAUCAGGGUCUUCAAGUGGAGGCAAACGCCACAGCAUUAGUUCUUAAACCCGUCCUCCUGCCAGCCCCCACCCCAUCGAUAAACAGUAGUCCAGGCUGGCAAGCCCUCUUGAAACGCUUGUUGAGCGUCUCAAUUCGAGUCCAGGGAAAAGGAAUGGCGAAGACCUGGCUAGCUGAGUUUGUUUUCUACUCAUCUCCCCUGACUAGCAGUCACCCAAAGGAACAAGGUCUCCGUCGACCUGUGUAUUUCCAAUAUGACAUGGGAACAGCUGAUACAGUUGCACGAACAGUGGACGCCCUCCUCGAUAAUUGGGCGCAAAUUGUCCACCUGUAUUCAAUUGUCCAAGACCUCUCAGAAUAUUUCAAAAUGGAAAAGUACAAUCUCCGGAAUAUGGUGAGCAUAAAGUCCUUCAGCUACAGUAAGCUCAUUCUGGCUUACGGCCCCAAUAGAGGAGCUAUUGUCACCGUUCACUGGAGUACAAACGACAAAGCAUUUAAACUCAUCUUCGGUAAGAGCCCGACCAAUACCACCAUCAAUGCUCAUUCUCUAAUGAAGGAGCAGCUGGAGGCCCAUCUCAAUCGUAACCGCAAUCUUGCGCAAAUAAUUUUCUACUUGAAUGAAACCCUCCAGCCAUUAAUUUCCAUCAGCAAACUCCCAAUAAUUCCCCAACUGGGAGUCCUUAACUCUCGUCCCCAGGUACCAGUACAGACAUUCACGAUAAUGCCGCAGUCAGUGACAUCGGUACGGCUCGCUUAUCAGGGAAUGUACUGUCUGGAGUUGAGGGUGAGGGGUGGAGGCCUCGUAAGCCUUCGUGAUGGUGCCUACUCCAGAUUCGAUCGUAGUAAUGUUGUGGAUGAAUUCACGCCGACACAGGGUCUCAAAACAUUUUUAUCCAAGUACGUCGACGAGAGUGCAGUUUUCCGAAGGCGUUCUCAAUCAGAGGAUGACAAUCCCCCAUCACCAGUGACAAUGGACUCUGAGGCACCAGGUGGUGUGGGCUUUAUGAGUCAUCAUCGUGGUGGUCCACAAUCGCCAGCACAGCAGAGAGAUGGAUUGAGAUUUCAUCCUCCAUUGACACCACCAUCAGGUUCAAAUCCACACACACCAGCAAGUCCACACACGGCAAAUAUAUCGCAAGCCAGUCAACACCAGAGUUUCGGAAGUAGUCCAGCUACUUCAUUCAACUUAGCUUCCCCACCUUCUUUACCUCCCAACACUCCCAAUAUGCUACCACAUCCCUCACCAGGCUCUGGCCUUGUGGCCAACAGUCCUCUUAAUCAAAUGCACGUACCCAGUCCAGCAGGGCUCAUGCCAACAUCAUCACCUGGCCCUUGCAGUAACGUUCAAGUUGGUCAUUCACCAGCUAGCUCAUUCAUGCAGGGACACAUCGAUGGAAGUCCAUUUCCCUCAUCCCAGAGUAUGGCAUCACCAGCUGCCUCCAAUUGGCCGGGCUCACCCAGUGUUCCUCGGCCUUCGCCAGCAAGACCAGGACAAAAUCCAGCUCAUGCUGCCUUACACAGUCCACAACCAUCUGAUCAUAAAAUUGGCAGCCACAUAUCCAGGGUGUUACCUCAGAGGUCUUGGGCUGGUGCUGUACCGACUUUGUUGACGUACGAGGCCCUAGAUAUUCUCUGUUCACCGUCUGCUCAUCCCUCUGGACUACCAGGACCCGAUCUAUCCCCACUCGAGAGAUUUCUGGGGUGUGUCUACAUGAGGAGGCAACUCCAGAGGUUUAUACAAACUGACGAGUGCCUUACCAGCAUUCACAGCACCGAACCUGGGGUCGUUCAUUUCAAGGUAGAGACACUACAGUGUAGGGUAGUUCUCAAUCCUCAACAUCUUCAAUCACUGCAUAUCAAAGUUCAACCACUACCUGAACAUCAGGAUAAAUGGACACUUGAGGAACUUCAGAUUAUCGAGAAGUUCUUUGAUACAAGGGCUGCUGCACCUCCUUACAAACCCAAUACUCUUUGUGGAUUUGGCAGAAUGCUCAAUGUACCUUUCAAUGUUCUUAAGGAUUUCAUACAGAUUAUGAAGUUGGAAUUGGUGCCGGGAUUAGUGCAGCAGCAACAGCUAAAGUGGUCCAUUCAGUGGUGCCUCAAAGUUCCACCUUCUGCAACUGCUAUUGUACCCACGGGAAUGGCUGGGGUACUUGUUUGUAAAAACAAAAUUUUAUUUUUCAUUCAAUUGACACGAGUUGGAGUACCUUAUCAGGGUGAGCCUCUCUCUCUAGCACUACCCCUUGUCUACGACGUCCAGACUAAUUUGACUCAACUAGCAGAGAGACGUGACUCAGCCCCAUCACCUUCGACAGCAGCAGCCUCAAUGCAACUCAAGAGAUUCGUCGAGUAUCCAGGGGUUAACUACCCCGAGUGUUCUCUGUUCCCUGCAGUGAGAGACCUCAUGGCUAAUUUAACUCUUCCCUCAGAGCCACCAGUUAUGGCUCCCGUGGUAGCUUCACCAGGAGCUGGACAAGUCACUCCCACUCAACAAAUACAAAGUCCAGCCAUGCAAAUGCACUCACCUAUGGCCGGAGGACAGGGUCCACCUCAGGGCCCUUAUGCUAUGCAGGGAAUGCCCUCGAUGGGAAUGAUGGGAGGACCACCCCAAUAGGGAUACGAGAAUCUCUACCAGCAGACUACGGGGUAUUAUUGUCCUUGAUUAAUUUAAUUGUGAUAUACUAAACAUAGGGAGGAAGCAAUGGACCAUUUGUUGUUAAUUUGUUGACAGAUUGCUUCGAUCUGCAAUGGGUGCACUUGGUUGAAUUAGUUAAUGAUGUAGCCAUAUAAGUGAAUAUUUAUUUGUUUCGCAGAUGGAAUUAAUAAUGUGAAAUCUUGAAAUAAAUUUUUAUAAUAAGCACGAUGAA